AUGAUUUAUGGACUUUAUGCAAUAAAAGAUGUGAAUAGGUGGAUUGGGGAAGUGAGACGGAAGGAUUUGGCAGAGACAUAUGCAUGGUCCUACAAGAGGAGAUACAAGAUAGGGUACGUGUGGCAAGACUUGUUGGAUGAUGAUCUCAUUACUCCAAUCUCUAAUAAUGAAUACGUCCUCAAAGGAUCUCAAUCCAGCCUCCCCUCUUUUGAAACUUUUAUGUUUUGUGAAAGGAAAGCUUCCAUAUUGAACGAGGAGAUUCCUGUUCAAGUAUCUGAUACGAAGGGCAAACAGCUGAAGCAGAAGCAACCACUAAUACCAGAAGAACUUCAACUUGAAAGAUUUCCAUAUUUCAAACCAAGUUCUCUAGAUCAGCUAUCAUCCGAAAUAAGCUCUGAUAGGUCCAGAUUGGCACGUGAAACUGAAUCUUGUAAAUUUGAACCAGAUAAACUUGUGGACACAAGUAAACACAACCUAGACACAUCAAUUUCAAUAUCAUUAUCAUCAUCUUCUUCGUCAUCAUUCUCUCCCUUGAAAGGAAGUAAGAGAUUUUCAAUAGCAGCUUUUCGUUUCUUUCGCAACCUUUAA